AUGUCUAUUGAAAAGGAUACUGAAGCUCAAGUUUUUGUUCAUACUGAGGGUGGUAAUAAUGCGUUCCACAAUUAUAUCAAUGAUUUUGCGCAUAUCGAAGAUCCUUUAGAAAGAAGAAGAUUGGCUUUAGAAAAGAUCGAUAACGCCAAGUUUGGUUGGUAUCAUGUUCGUGCCAUUAUGGUUGCAGGUGUCGGUUUUUUAACAGAUUCUUAUGAUAUCUUUGCCAUUAACUUGGGUAUUACUAUGAUGUCUUAUGUCAACUGGGAAGGUAGUAUGCCAUCUUCCACUUCUACUCUAUUAAAGGUUUCUACUUCAGUUGGUACUGUCAUUGGUCAAUUUGGUUUUGGUAUUAUGGCUGAUAUUGUUGGUCGUAAAAAGAUUUACGGUAGUGAAUUGAUUUUGAUGAUUACUUGUACUUUAUUGCAAUGUACUACCGGUGAAAUGCCAGGUGUUAGUUUUGUUGCUAUCUUGACCUUUUACCGUAUUGUUAUGGGUAUUGGUAUUGGUGGUGAUUAUCCAUUAUCUUCUAUUAUUACUUCUGAAUUUGCUACUACCAAGUGGAGAGGUGCCAUUAUGGGUGCUGUCUUUUCCAACCAAGCUGGUGGUCAAUUGUCUGCCGGUAUUUUGGCUUUAAUUUUGGUCGCCGGUUACAGGAAAGAUUUGGACUAUGCUGCCAAUGGUAAGGAGUGUGACUUUAGAUGUAGAAAGGCUUGUGAUCAAAUGUGGAGAAUCUUAGUUGGUAUGGGUUGUCUUCCAGGUUGUUUAGCCUUGUAUUAUAGAUUGACUAUUCCAGAAUCACCACGUUAUACUAUGGAUGUUGAAUGUGAAGUUAACAAGGCUGCUGCUGAUACUUCUAAAUUUGUUUCCGGUCAAACUGGUAACGCCGACGAAAAUGAAGUUAAUGUUUUGGAAAGAGCUCCAACCGCUGUCGAACCAGUUGAAAUUACUCCACCAAAGGCAUCCUUUAAAGAUUUUAUUCAUCAUUUCUCAAAAUGGAGACAUUUCAAGAUUUUGUUUGGUACUGCUUGUUCGUGGUUCAUGUUGGAUAUUGCCUACUAUGGUUUGGGUUUGAACACUGCUGUUAUUUUGUCAGCUAUUGGUUAUGCUGGUGGUGACAAUAUUUACGAAAUUUUAUACAAUACUGCCGUUGGUAACUUGAUUUUGAUUUGUGCCGGUUCUUUGCCAGGCUACUGGGUUUCUAUUGCCACCGUUGAUACUAUUGGUAGAAAGCCAAUCCAAAUUAUGGGUUUUUUCAUUUUGACUGUAUUUUUCUGUGCCAUUGGUUUCGCCUACCAUAGACUAACUGAUAGUAGUUUGUUGGGUUUAUAUAUUAUCUGUCAAUUUUUCCAAAAUUUCGGACCAAACACUACUACUUUCAUUGUUCCAGGUGAAUGUUUCCCAACUCGUUACAGAUCUACUGCACACGGUAUCUCAGCUGCCAGUGGUAAAGUUGGUGCUAUUAUUUCCCAAACUGUUUUGGGUACCUUGAUUAACCAUGAUUGUGCUAAGAAAGGUUUAAAGAAGAAUUGUUGGUUACCACACGUCAUGGAAAUUUAUGCCUUAUUCAUGUUGGUUGGUUUGUUUUCAUCAUUUUUAAUCCCAGAAACAAAAAGAAAGACCUUGGAACAAAUUAGUGAAGAAUGUCACGGUGAAAUUGAUCCUUCAAAAUAUGCUGGUCAGCAUGAAGCCGAACCAGGUAAUUCUUCAGUUAGCACCGAUAUUGAAGGUCAGUGA